AUGACUAGCAGAGAAGGUUUCGUUCCAGCUAUCAAUAGCAGUGCUGCUGCCGGUGGGUUCUCCAACCAUAAGACUUAUGGUGUGAAAUAUAUCUGCGCCUCUUGUGCCGCCACUUUCACCUUGGGUAAGAGUGAAUCUAUCAGAUGUAAAGAAUGUGGUCACAGAGUUAUCUACAAGGCCAGAACCAAGAGAAUGGUGCAAUUCGAAGCUAGAUAA